AUGGGAUAUGUGAGUGGACUCUGGCUGAAGGAAGAGGACCUUGACUUGGCAAAGAAAAACCUUCACAAGACAAUUUUAUUAUCUCCUCAGAAACAACAAAGCAUCUUUCCAAUUGCAAGCAAAUGCGUGUUUACACCUCUCCUGUCCUUCCUUCUCAUUACAGUGGAAGUGUCCCAGCUGCCUAGCACUUUGAAUUCUACCCCCUCUCAAUUGCUCCAGAACUUCUCACUCUUACAGAAAGCAGAUAGCCUGAUAGAAUGGUGGACAUCAGUUGAAGAUUCAGUGUCAGGGCUAGAAUACCAAGUGUGGACCUCCCAGAGAAAGUCGUCCCUUGAGUUUUUCAAAGAAAGUCAGGGCAGUGCCAAGAGGAGGAAGAAAGGUGGGACUCUGGAAGAUGGCAGAUGGUACCAACGGGAAGUGGAGGAGACCCGGAAGCUGAUCUCUAUUUUAAGAAGCUCCCUCUGCCGGCAUCAUGAUACCAUCCACUUUCACCAAGUGUUAUGUCCAGACCUUUCCUGUGAGUCAUGUAAUAGCACAACUGUUGAGAUCAAUCAGCUGCUGUUCCAGCAGGCUCUGGAAGAUUCUACUCCCUUGGCUUCCACAGCUCCUGUGACUUCUUCAUCGUUCACUCUCUCCCCUGACUUCUCAGCAGUUCCUCCAAGAGAUCUAAUACCAGCUUCGUUGCCUGAGCCUUCCCCACCACCUGCCUCCAUCUUCUCACCUAACCCAGUGAGUCCUGUGGCUGAUUUCUUUCCACCCUCACUACUGGGUGAUUCGUUGCCACCAGAACCCUUUCCUCCCUUGGAUUCCAAAUUCCCAAUGGACCAUUUCCCAGCCCAGCCCCCUGCCUUUCCACCUCCUGUCUUACCACAUCAUGCCCAUUUAGUAGACCAGAGUGUCCAAACAGAGACAGUGUCUCUAAAUACCAUCUUCUCUCUGGACCCUACCUUUUCCUAAGAUGUCAGUCCCUUACUGGAGUUGUCCAAGAGGGUGAAUCCCACUGAGCCCUUUGCUCAUCAUCACUAAUGACCAACCUGGUCAGCUUCACCACUGCCAGACUGCAAUUUAACUGUGACUCCAUCUAAACUGAUUUCCAUCUCAAGGAAGCCUGUUCCAGAGAGCUCAGCCCCACAGAGCUCUGGUGGGUUAUCUACUUAUGUCCCAACAAUCACAGGCAUUGACCCCUCCAGCUUGUCAGUUUUAGACCUCCCUUGGUGGCAAACUCAUGCCAAAGACUUCUUCCCUUCAACCCUGGCUCCAUGUGAUUUCCAUCAAGAGUUUCUGGCCCUCCAUUCUUCUGAGGCUUCUUCCAGGGGAGACCCUGUAGCCAACCUUGUAGAGCCUGGUAACUUCUCACUACUCAGCCCCGAUGCCCUUGGCACUUCUAGAGAAACAAGUCCUAAAGAGGUGUGACUUCCUCAGGUGGAAGGAAACAAAGGGUUCCUUUCCAAAGCAAACAAGUGCUGAUAAGCAUGAUUUGGCAUCCUCCCUUCCUUUCUGCAGCAGCAAAGACCAAUCAAAGGAGCUGCAUAUGCAUCAGCAGCGCCCAUAUCCUACAACCUUGGAGGAGGGCCAUUUACAGCAACCCCCCAUCCAGUUCUUCUGGGGUGUCCACACUCCACAUAGUGAGUCCUUCUUCCCUGCUGCUGAUGCCUCAGACAACAUCUCGAAUGCUUCCCCAGAGCAGGAAUACCCAGUAGUUCCCCAUCCACUUCUUCCAUCCUUGCCUGAGAACCCACCUCAACUCCUGCCUCAAACCCAGCCCCUACCCAUCCCGUAUGUCCAGCCCCAGGUCCACCUUCAAUCCCUACUCCUCAUCCUGCCAUCUGGUCCUCUACCCGACAUCAAGAUCUGUGGAGUAUAUUUUCACAGACUUCAGAAUGAAUCGGAGAGUCUCAUGUCAACUGAAAUGCAACAUCUGGAAUGGAACGUGUUGCACAAGGUGCAAGAACGUGUGUGGGGUUUAUCCACUAUUGUCCAUAGAUCCCAAGAGGACUAUUGUCCUUCAGCUCCUAACCCUUCUCUCAGCCACAAGGCCACCAAGGCCCAAGUUGUAAUCUCUGUCCCUCCUGGACAGUUUCUUCUGAAUAAAGAGCUUUGGAGAAAACUAGAGAAUCACUUUUGAAAGAGGCUCAUCCAACACAGGUGGUGCUUGUCCUGCAGUAUGUAUGAGUCUCUCACACUGAGGUGCAGUCCAAGUACUCUUCCACAGCUACCUGAGUCUCAGUGCCAUCGUGGAUGCUCAGGAAUCUCCAGUAAGAGUCAGAUCAGAUAGAGUAUGUUUAAAAGUGUAUAUGUGGAGGACCCAGAAAUUCUUCUGCUAGAGGACAGUGUGACCUGGCAAAGUAGAGAGAUGAGACCUAUAGAAGGAUCAGGGACACAGAGAAUGGACCAAAAGAUGAUCUGCUAAGUGACCCAGUUGGCUCAUCAGAUAAGAUAUGGGGUAUGAUUCUGAGAAAGAACUUAGGAGCCCAUCAGUGAACAACUCCAUGGUGUCUGUGGAGAGUAUGGGUCAGAGACAACUGAAAAUGCCCCAAAGAUACAUUUACGAAGAAAGUCCAAGGAAAUCAGUGAGGGUCAGUUGCUUGGGACUGUGCAUAAUUCAUGGCAUACUAUGAAGCAGACAUCACUUCUUUCUGAGAGAUCCCAGACUGAAAUAAAUCAGAGAAGUUUGCCACCAUCAGAGGUUGAGGACUACUCCCUGAAUACCUUCCAGGAGCUUCCCUUUGUUGAACCUAAUGCAGAACAGAAGCUGGAAGCCCAUAUUAAAAGGUUUAAUAAGAGGGUGACCUGGGGCCUUUCCCCUAGGGUCCCUGAAUCCAUACAGCUCUUUAAAUCGAAAGAGUCCACAUACUCCCUUGAUGGAAGCUUGAAAUCUCUCCAUGGAGAAAAAACAGGAACAGCAAAUUCAGCUCCCAUACUGGAUUAUCCUCUCCCUGCCACCUCAACUGUGAGCAAGGAAGAAUAAGGACUUCUGAGGCAUUCAUCCUCUAAUAUCAACCAUCAGUUUGCAGAGGAUGUUCCAAAAACUAAGGAUGGCAGCCAGACUCUUAUAUCUGUCAGACAUGGCACCAUAGGCAACAGAUGUCCCCCAAGGCUGCCUACAAGGCAAGGUGCAUUCAGAUGUGAGCCAAAGGGUAAGAGAGCAAAUUUCAGUGGUAGAGAAGAGGAGGGAAACAAGGCAUAAAGAUGAAGAAUCCAGAACCUGUUGGGCCCACAGAGUCCAGGGAGAUAUUCAGGACCAAGGAAUUUCAUACACAUCAAUCACAACCUAGUAUCUUGACAACCAACAAGACAGGGAGGACAGGGAGAAUGACCAGGCCCAAGCCCAAUACACUGGCCUGCCCCCUGACUCAGAUCAUUUGACUUAUAAGGCCUCACUGACUCAGGGUGUCUUCCACGGGGACACGAGAGCUUCCCAGGUGCUGCGUGUCCAUCCAGAGGACACAGGAAUUACUAUGGAACAACAGCAGGAGCCCUGGGUCCCUAAGCAUGUCAUAAGGAAGUGGCAGAAUAAGAAUCCCCCACCUGCUGCAAAGACCAUGAGGACUCCGGGUUCCAAGGCACAAGAGCAUGGUGGAGGGGAUGCAGGACUGGGAACAUCCCAACAGAGAAGAGUUUCCUUACUAAAGAUGUGGCAUUGAAGAAGAGGUUCCCUACUCAGGGCGUGGUAUUGAGGGUAAACCUGGGAAGAGAGCCUUCCCAGACCCUAUCACAGAAGGGUCAGCUGCCUCCUGAAAGCCUUUCAUGGAAGGGUCAGCCUCCUUCUGAAAGCCUUUUCAGUAAAAAAAAAAAAAA